UAAUAAUAAUAAAGAAAUUGCAAGUUACUACUCAAGCAGAGAACAACAAUAAUAAUAAUAAAGAAAGUCAAUCAAAGUGAGAGAGAGAGAGAGAGAGAGAGAGAGAUGGCGCCGUAGUUACAGUAAAGAGCAAACCGAAGGAACCAACCAAACACAAGCCUAAACCUGUCCUUUGAUAGUCUCCAAAGGAUCAUCACUCUCUUCAACACACCUAAUCAGCUACUCCUCUCCUUCCCUAUAACUAUAUUAACACCCUUCACUCUCUUCAACCUUCCCCAAAUAUCUUUCUCUUUCUCUAGAUUUCUCCGCCAUGGCUCACUCCAUUUCCACCCUCUCUCAGGUUUCUGUGACUGUUCCCGUUGGAAGUGAUUGCUCCCUUAAGCGAUCUGUGUUUAAGACCAAUACUCUAAACUUUCCUGAUAAAUCUUUGGCACCUACAUUAUCUUUGAACUUCAAGACAAAGAAUGGGGUGUCAAGAGAUCGAAAAGUACUGUGUAUGUCUGUGCAACAAGCAUCCGCGCCUAAGGUCGCUGUUUCGCCUUUACACCUUGAAGAUGCCAAAGAGCCCCCGUUGAAUUUACACAAGCCUAAGGAACCUUACACAGCAACCAUUGUUUCUGUUGAGAGGAUAGUGGGCCCAAAAGCACCUGGAGAGACUUGCCAUGUCGUGAUUGAUCAUGGCGGCAAUGUACCUUACUGGGAAGGACAAAGUUAUGGAAUAAUUCCCCCGGGCGAAAACCCAAAGAAACCUGGAAUGCCUCAGAAUGUUCGUCUUUAUUCUAUAGCAUCGACUAGGUAUGGGGAUUUCUUUGAUGGUAAGACUGCUAGCUUGUGUGUGCGUCGUGCUGUUUACUAUGAUCCUGAAACAGGGAAAGAGGAUCCUUCCAAGAAUGGGGUGUGCAGUAACUACUUGUGCAAUUCGAAGCCUGGAGAUAAAGUUAAAGUUACAGGCCCCUCUGGCAAGAUAAUGCUUUUGCCUGAAGAUAACCCAAAUGCCACUCACAUAAUGAUCGCUACUGGAACUGGUGUUGCACCAUACAGAGGCUAUCUACGUCGUAUGUUCAUGGAAUCUGUUCCAACUUUCAAGUUCGGUGGCCUUGCUUGGUUAUUCCUCGGGGUUGCCAACAAUGACAGUCUACUUUAUGAUGAAGAGUUCACCAAAUAUCUCAAGGACUACCCUGAUAACUUCCGGUAUGACAAAGCACUUAGCCGAGAACAUAAGAACAAGAACGGUGGAAAGAUGUACGUCCAAGAUAAGAUUGAAGAAUACAGUGACGAAAUCUUUAAACUCUUGGACAAUGGAGCUCACAUUUACUUCUGUGGACUCAAAGGGAUGAUGCCUGGAAUCCAAGAAACCCUCAAGAGGGUUGCUGAGCAGAGAGGGGAGAGUUGGGAUGAGAAACUUUCACAGCUCAAAAAGAACAAGCAUUGGCAUGUCGAAGUCUAUUGAUACUACAUAUAUUUGUUGACCACAUUAAGCAUCUCCAUUGCUAUCUAGGCUUACCCAGAUAAUGUUCUUUCAUCUCAUCCCCCUUCUGAUGAGAUUCAAGGAGUAGUUUGAGUAGUAGUACUGUUGUCAUUCAUCUGUAUUAAUUGUUGAAUAAUAUGAGAGAAGAAGGAUUUCUCGGGGGAUGAAACAAAUUGAGAAACUAUUUUGAAUUGGCCAUUUAUGAGUAUUAAUUAAUAUAAUAUGCUUGUACUGCA